CCGGGCGUUUUGAGUAGAAAUAUGCGGAGCAAAGUUCGAGUGGAUCACGCGUUAGUUAUCGUUGGUUGAUGAGCAAGGACCGCGUAGUGAAGGAGCGCUUGAUACGCCGCGCCGGAGGCUGCACCGAGGAAUAGUUCUAUACAAAUAAUCACAAUGUGUAACACACGUUGCUGUUAAUUGUUGUAGUUUCCACUGUAUCUGCUCUCCGUUUUUUAUAAAAGUGUGUAAUUAUUUUUUCUUUGUCAGCGAGCUUUCUCGUAUCGCCACCGGGGGGCCUCUUGUCGCAGCGGCGUUCGUUUUUGUUCGAUUUUUGCUUGGCUCGUUCGCGAGUGCUUGCACUGGUUGUAGGCACUUACGUCGCAGUCUGCGAAAUAUUAUCCAACGAUGACGCGCAACUCGCCGACGCGGUCCGACAGAACGCCACCGAGCGCCUACAGCCGGACGAAACAUCUUGAGAUUGGCACCGUCAUACUGUCGACCACAGGCGGAUGACACCCUCCCAGCCUAGCGGGGCGAAGGAUAGCGCCAACUCCAGGCGUGGCGCCAGUCGCCGUCGAAGCAGUUCAAGGAGCCGCAGCCGAUCCAGAAGUCAUAGCCGAGACCAUCGCGCCAGCUCCAGGGGCAGUGGAAGCCAUCGGUCUCACAAGCGUCGUGGCGACCGUAGUCGCAGCCGGGAGCGUUCCCAUCGUCGAGACCGGGAGCGUUCGCGGAGCCGGGAGCAUUCGCGGAGCCAUCGGAAGAGCCGCAGUCGCAGUGGGAGCCGAAGCCGGAGGGAAGUCCCGAAGAGGUCCUCUGCGGAGAGGUUGCAAAUGGAGGUCGGACCACCUGCCCCCCCAGCAAGCAGCAUGGCUGCAAGGGCUUUGCUGGCAGUCACAGCCUCAGCUGCAACGGUGUCCCAGCAGGCACCUGCCGUGAGUGUGGGUGCUGCCGCCCCGUCUUCAACCUCGGCAAUGCCACCCGGCGUGUCGGCCGCUCUAGCAGCUGCCAGGGCAGCAGCGGUGCGCUCCGGCCUGAUGCCUCUCGAGGCACUCAAUGCGCCCCCGCCACAGGUUUCCAACUCGCUGCCCAGCUACUACAACCCAACAGCUGUGAAUGCCGUCAAGUACACAGAGCAGAUGCAAAAGCGCAAGCUCCUGUGGAAGAAGCCCCAACAGGAAGAAGUGGCUGCUGAAACUGAAGCACCCAAGAUUCCACCAGGACGCAUCAGCAAAGCACCAUCUAGUAAGAGUGGCGCUUGCAACAGAGACGCUGAGCCACAGCCCAACUCAACAUGUGCCAAGGUGUGGGAGAAGAUGACCUUUGCCCAGGACGACGAUGGCAAGAUGACCGCCAAGUUCCGCAAGCUCAUGGGCAUCCGUGGCGAACCACCGCCACCCACUGAUAAGCCAGACCCUGCAGUCAACCCCCUGCUGAAGCAGCAGGAGAAGUUGUUUCAUGACCUGGACCAGCAGUACGAAGCAGCGCGCGUCUCCACACACACGCACCGUGGUGUCGGGCUUGGCUACAGCUCACAGAUGGCAGCCUUCUUUCAGCAGACCAACCUAAACAAUAAGUGAACAGUGAAGGCCCCGGAUGGAUGACCGGCUUUGUACAUACAGACAUUUCGAGGAGUUGUAUUUGGGGGGGAUGUUUGCGUCGUCCUGUGCAGUGCAGCCUCAGAGGUGACAUUUUGUUGAAGCGUCACUUGCCGACACCCUGUAACCCCCCACCUUUGAGCCGAACAACCCUGAACGGGAGAAAACGCUUGCUAGGAAUGGGCUGCUUGGGCUACCGACAGACUCUUGAAGAGGGCGGGCUCUCGGCAGAGGGCACGUGAUCACACUAACCUGCACGACGGGAGAAACAAGCUACGGAUCAACUGUGUUACGUGGUGUACAUAUACAGACGGCGUUUUUCUUGGCAAGAGAGUAGGCCUCAGCUGUCGCACUAAGCGGAGUGACUUUCAGUAAGCUUGAUGUCUGCAUGACUGGUGCCACUGCUGAUGGAUAUCUCGGCAGGUUACGAGAGAGUAGCCAUGGCUUUAUUCGGCACGUGGCAAAGUGCUCUGCUCUGCCUUACAGAGGAGAGAUUUGGGUGGGUGGCACUGGAGGAAGCAGGCAUCUCAUGAUCAGCAGUCCGUGGGACAUGUUGAAGUCCUUCAAGAUUCUGUUGCUGCAGAGUUCCCCUACCCUUGGCUUUUGCACAGCAGUCUGUGCAAGAUGCUAGCCUGGCAUGCAGUGAGGUACAUUUUUUCGUGGAGUCCCCACUGUGCCUCACUUUAUGCUGAAGCUGCAUAACACUGCACGACUGUUGCCCACUGAAGUGUCUCAUUUUGCGCGUGUGUCGAGAGUUAGACAGGCCAAUGGCCUUCGAGGCAUACGAAGCGAGCUACACUAUUGGUAGAUUUGGCUAAGGGGGUCGUGCUUGUAUACUACUGUGGCACUGUUUCAUGUCUGUACAGUCAUGUUUGACAUUUUUCACUGAUGUUUGAGAGAUUUGACCAAAGAAGCUUCACCAUUUGUUCAUCAGCAGCUGCCUUCAAUUAAAAAUGAAUACUUCCUUGGUGCAAAAUUUGGCAGCACUGGAAUAGUAUAUGAAGUCCUUAAAGAUGCCUCGUGUCUAUUCCUUUAAAAUCAUGACGGGGAUCUGAACUGUUGCUAUCGUAGAUUGUUUCUAUAAACAAAGUUUUUGCAGCUGGUUUUCAAAUUGUAAGCGUCAGUGUCUCGCAUAAAAGUAAGACGAAGCAAUUGAUCAGAAACACUUUAGUAACCACAUGGCUAACUAUUGUACAUACUUGUUGACUUUGCCAGCAUUAGCAGAGUCGUUGAGAGAAGUUUCACUUCUCCACAAAUGACCGUAUUUUUCAAAGGGCCCCUGACCAGAGCUCACGUGAAAGUUUCGUUAUACACUGGAAGUCGCAAGGUGCCGUCGGGGGGACAUGUUACUGCAGUAAUGUUUCAGUUGGGUGCAUUAUUAAACGAGAAAUUGAAAUGUCACAUUGUCAUGUGGGCAGGAGGCCAAAUUCACUGCAAACAUAGGCCCACUCUCCCUUGGCCUCGAGUAGCACUGCAAGCAACAUUCCUUUGCCAUGUCACUGAGCCAUGCUUUCUAGAAGGUUGCAGAAAUUUGCACCUCUUCCUGUUUACCAUCCUCCUUCCUCUCAUUUCCUGCCUUGGCAAAGAAUGAGAGGGAGGGACUGCGCCCCAUUUACAUCGUAAACUGUAUUCCCCCCCCUCCCUCCCCCCCCCCCCCGUUUUGCAUUGCAGCACUUUUCGAGUUGAAGUUGUGCACCCAAGCCACAUACCACAUUUAAUCUAAUCUGGGCCAGCUCAAUUCUAAGCCAACCCCUGAAGCCAGAACGUAGGCCGAACAAAAAAGAAGUGAGGGCAGCAUUCGCAAACUGAAAACAUUUAUUCAAUAUGCACAUGCGGAGCUCUCUCAGGCAUCGCUGCUAGCCUCAUCGCCAUCUUCCUCACGAAAAGUGUUUCCCAUUGCCCCCUCCAACAACUGAUUUCUUUCUCAUCGAUACUAAAGUCCCACCUGACUUGAAUGUUUGACAGUGCAUCUGCGGAUAGCACAACUUUUCAUUUGAAAGCGGCACUAUAGUUGCAUCGCCUGUUUGGUGCCGUUACGAUAAUGCCACGCCACAUGCUGAUGUGACACGGGCCAGAAUGGCGACGUCGCUUCUGUACUUCAGUUUGCUAUUGGCGUGGCUAGUAGCAGCUGCAAUACUGACUUUUCUAGAUGGCACUAGAUAUGCAGCACACUUCAGGAAAAAACAAUUUAUGGUAACUCAAAGGGAAGCUCAUUACUUCUCGAAACGAGAUCAGGAUGCCUUGGAACACACACUUGUAAAGUGAGAUAUAAAAAGGAAGAUGCAUGUGCUUGCUGCGGUAAGGCUAGGGAAGCUAUGGAGCAUGUUUUAGUAGAAUGUGAAGAUAUCUUCCCAGCGGACGGUUUGGGCACCUCUGGCCUCUUUGAAGCCCUUGGUUAAAACAUGUCCGCAGUAGAGAUUAGUAAGAGGUGAUGGAAGAUUGGUGAAAGAAAAGUAGGGGAACUACAGACAAUGGAGGUGUAUACAAAAACUAAAUUCAGAACAGGGGUUCAGAAAGUAAGUUUUGUUAUGGGAAUUCGUGUGUGUGUGUUUUACCAUAGGUAGGACAUAAGGCAAUAUAAUAGCAAGUGCUUGCUGGUGCAACCCACUGCCCUGUUCCAAAGGGGACACUUGGAGCAUCCAUCCAUCCAUCUAUUUAUUAUUUUAAAUUAAAAACUGGCGUGUUUUUUAAUAUCCUCAAAUCUAAGCCGACCCUAGAGCAUGGUAUAUGAUUACUUGAAGAACAAAAGUACCGGCCUAGAUUCCAUUAAAUAAGUUAAUCGGUCACGUUGCAGGCAGUGCGUCUGACGUAUAGGCGUUCAUGUGUGUGCGACCUUGAUUUAACACCGGCAGGAAGUGGGACUCCAAAUGGAAGGAUUCACAGCUUUAGUUGGAAAUGUCGGCUGUUCCCUUGCCAUUACACGGCGAUACUUUGUAGCUGCAGUCAUCAGCUUAUGUUUACACACUGCGCUUGUCUGUAUGCAAUGCUGAAACUUUGUGAGAGGCCUGUUAAAGUGUGGUGUGCAGGCUCCUGAUGCCCUCAAGACUCUCUGGGGCAUCAAAGGGAAAGUUGCUGGGGUGGCAUUCAGCGCAUGUAUUCACAGGGCCCCCAAUUUAAAGGGCAACGCUUGCGGACUCGCAUCUUUAGGUCACGAUAACUGCAGAAAUGUGCGGUAUGUUUAACCAAAUUUCGGAGAUAGAAACAGGUCAGAAAUGCGGAAAACGAAAAUUGAAAAUUUGAAUUUAGGCAGAUUCUCGAUCCCGAACACUCGGGUCCCCCGCCCCUUAAUGUGGCAUGGGCCUCAAGCUUUUACGGUGCAAACGGGAAGUCUUGGGCCUGUGUGCUUUGUCGAACACAGCUGUUGUAGCAGGUCAAAGGGUUAACUACUAGCGAAGCGCUCUGACAUUUUCAAAGAAAUGAAAUGAACGGUCGUUUCUGAGCAUGUAAAAAAGGAUUUACUUUUUUUAACAAGUGUGAAUUUUCAAAGGUUUAAUUUGCACACAAAUUCAACAGUGCUGCCACAUGUUAGUCUUUAGGGAAGGCUGUUGGAAGUUUCGUGCACCAUUCAAAUGUGCCGCAUUUGUCAUGUAAAUGGAAUGUCAUAUUUUCAGCUGUAAAUAUACAACAUUGUGUGCGCAUGCCUCAUGAGCUGUGUGCUCAUUUUUUUGAGCUCCUAUAAACAGGCGCAAUAAAGUUUUGCUGUUUA